CGUGGCAGACGGGGUCUCCGGAAAGUUCCAGAGGGGCGGGAGCAGCCGCCGCUGCGGCUGUGUCAGUGUCAGGCGGUCCCUCCCCCCAGAUCGGGUGCAGUGCGGAAGGGGCGCCGCGGCACAGCAUCCCUAACAUGGCGUCUGCGCGGGAGGAGCUUCCCAUAGAUACUUAGCAGCUCAUCACCUCGGUGGGAAGGGUCCUCACUCCAUCUGCCUCUCCUCUGAGUGCCGUAAAAAGAAUGGAGGAACAAAAGCUAGAGAAAGAUUUGGAAGAGGUGAAAGAGCUCCUGGCAAAAGCCACAAGAAAAAGAACUCAUGAUGUCUUGAUGGCAGAAAAGUACAAGCUAGAGAUGGAAAUCAAGAACCAGCCACCACCCAAGCUAAAAGAAGACACUACGGAGGAAGAGAAACCACCAGCUGGGGGAUACACAGUGAAAAUCAACAGUUACGGUUGGGAUCAGUCGGAUAAGUUUGUGAAGAUUUACAUCACUUUAAAUGGAGUGCAGCAGCUUCCAGCUGAGAAUGUGCAGGUCCACUUUACAGAGAGGUCAUUUGAUCUACUAGUGAAGAAUCUGAAUGGAAAGAAUUACUCCAUGACAUUCAAUAACCUUCUGAAACCCAUCUCUGUGGAAGGCAGCUCAAGGAAGAUCAAGACGGAUAUGAUCCUUGUAUUAUGUAGGAAGAAACGGGAGGAAAAAUGGGAUUGCCUGACUCAGGUGGAAAAAGAGAGCAAGGAGAAAGAAAAAGCCUCCUAUGACACCUCAGACCCUGGUGAGGGGCUGAUGAACCUUCUGAAAAAGAUGUAUGCAGAGGGAGAUGAUGAAAUGAAAAGAACCAUUAACAAGGCCUGGGUUGAAAGCCGAGAGAAACAAGGCAAAGGGGAUAUGCCGUUAGAUAUUUGAAACUACUCCAAAGGCUGCCUUGACAUGGACCUUCCAUAUGGGACUUUUGCUGUGCUGCAGAGAUCAGUUCUACAAGUGCAUUGUUUACACAACCUUCUUCCAAGCAAAGACACUUACCUGUUUUCCGUUUCAGGUUGGAGAAAAUAUUUAAAUAAAAUACACUUAUAAACA